AUGGAGCAGCGGUUCGGGUUUUCGCCGGCGGAGGUGGCGAAAGUGAAGACGGUGCAGUUCGGCGUGCUCAGCCCGGAUGAAAUCCGUCGCAUGUCCGUCGUCCAAAUCGACACGAGCGACCUGUACGACCGGGGAAAACCACGCGAAGGCGGGCUGAGCGACCCGCGCCUGGGCACGAUCGACCGGAGCGUCAAGUGUCUGACGUGUCAGGGCGGCAUGGCGGAGUGUCCCGGGCACUUCGGGCAUCUGGAGCUGGUGCGGCCCAUGUUCCACAUCGGCUUCAUCAAGGUCGUCCUCACGCUGCUGCGCUCCGUCUGCCACAACUGCUCGCGCAUCCUCGCCGACCCGAACGAUUACCGGUACAAGAUGGCGCUGCGAGUGCGCAACCCGAAGCAGCGCCUGCGCCGCAUGUACGAGUGCUGCCGCACGCGCUCCGUGUGCGCCGCAGACACGCCCCCCGAAGGCACCGAGGAUGGCGCCGACCCUGCCAACCCGGACGGGGAGGACUUUGACGACCCUGAGCGCAAGGUUCGGCGCGGCGGGUGCGGGGCCACCCAGCCUAAGUACACGAUCGAUGGGAUGAAGAUCAUGGCUGAGUUCAAAGCGCCGAAGAGGGGGAGGAAUGAGAUGGAGGAGGAGGAGCAGAUAGAACCGACCGAGAGGAAGCAGCAGAUGUGGCCUGACCGGGUGCUGAGCAUUCUGAAGCGCAUAACAGACGAGGAUUGCGAGCUUCUCGGGCUGAAUCCCAAAUACGGCCGCCCGGACUCGUUCAUCCUGCAGGUGCUGCCGGUGCCGCCGCCGCCCGUGCGGCCGUCCGUAAUGAUGAGCAGCUCGGCACGUAGCGAGGACGACCUAACCUACCAGCUGGUGAUGAUCAUCCGACAAAACGAAUAUGUAAAAAAGCAGGAGGCGAACGGCAUGGCAGCGCACGUGAUCAACGACCAGCUGCAGAUCCUGCAGUUCUACAUCGCCACCUACUUUGACAACGACCUGCCGGGGCAGCCCCGAGCCACUCAGCGGUCGGGGCGGCCGAUCAAGUCGAUCUGUGCGCGGCUGAAGGCGAAGGAGGGGCGCAUUCGGGGGAACCUGAUGGGGAAGCGGGUGGACUUUUCAGCGCGGACGGUGAUCACGCCGGACCCGAAUAUCAAUAUUGACGAGCUGGGCGUGCCGUGGAGCAUUGCUCUCAACCUCACGUACCCGGAGACUGUCACGCCCUACAACAUUGACAAGCUGCGGGAGCUGGUGGAGAACGGCCCGCACCCCCCACCGGGCAAGACAGGCGCCAAGUACAUCAUCCGAGAGGACGGGCAGCGGCUGGACCUGCGGUACCUCAAGAAGACCAGCGACCGGCAUUUGGAGCUGGGAUACAAGGUGGAGCGGCACUUGGUGGAGGGCGACUUUGUGCUGUUCAACCGGCAGCCGUCGCUGCACAAGAUGUCCAUCAUGGGGCACCGCAUCCGCAUCUUCCCCUGGUCCACCUUCCGCCUCAACCUCUCCGUCACGUCGCCCUACAACGCUGAUUUCGACGGCGACGAGAUGAACAUGCACGUGUGCCAGAGCUUUGCCACGCGCGCCGAGACGAGCGAGCUCAUGCUCGUGCCCAAGUGCGUGGUGUCGCCUCAGAGUAACCGCCCUGUCAUGGGCAUCGUGCAGGACUCGCUGCUGGGCUGCCGCAAGAUCACCAAGCGAGACACGUUUAUUGAAAAGGACGUGUUUAUGAACAUCCUCAUGUGGUGGGAGGACUUUGACGGCAAGCUGCCCAUCCCGGCCAUCCUGAAGCCGCGGCCGCUGUGGACGGGCAAGCAGGUGUUUUCGCUCUUCAUCCCGCGCGCCAUCAACCUCGUGCGCUUCUCCGCCUGGCACCCCGAUGGCGAGGUGGGCGACAUGUCGCCGGGCGAUACUGUGGUGCGCGUGGAGCAGGGUGAGGUGCUCGCGGGCAUUCUUUGCAAGAAGAGCAUGGGCAGCGCGGCGGGGGGGCUCGUGCACACCAUCUGGUGCGUGCGGCUGGGUCUGCUGUGCUGUGGUGUUGCUUCUUGGGGGGAAGAAGUGGGUCCAGACGCGGCGCGCAAGUUCCUGGGGCACACGCAGUGGCUGGUGAACUACUGGCUGCUGCAGCAGGGCUUCAGCAUCGGCAUUGGCGACACCAUUGCGGACGCGAGCACGAUGGAGACGAUCAACGAGACGAUCGCCAAGGCCAAGGACGAGGUCAAGGAGCUCAUCCGCAAGUGGCAGGACAAGGAGCUCGAGCAGCAGCCCGGCCGCACUCUCAGGGAGUCGUUUGAGAACCGAGUCAACCAGGUGCUGAACAAGGCUCGUGACGAUGCCGGGCGAGCAGCGCAGGGCAGUUUGUCGGAAAUGAACAACGUGAAGGCGAUGGUGACGGCGGGCAGCAAGGGGUCGUUCAUCAACAUCUCGCAGAUGAUUGCCUGCGUGGGCCAGCAGAACGUCGAGGGCAAGCGCAUCCCCUACGGCUUCGUCGACCGCACUCUACCGCACUUCACCAAGGACGACUACGGCCCCGAGUCCCGCGGCUUCGUGGAAAACUCCUACCUGCGAGGACUCACCCCUCAGGAGUUCUUUUUCCACGCCAUGGGUGGUCGGGAGGGUCUGAUAGACACGGCGGUCAAGACGUCCGAAACGGGGUACAUUCAGAGGCGGCUGGUGAAGGCCAUGGAGGAUCUGAUGGUGAAAUAUGAUGGCACUGUGAGGAACUCACAAGGCGAUGUGAUUCAGUUUUUGUACGGCGAGGAUGGCAUGGACGCCGUGUGGAUCGAGAGCCAGAAGCUCGACUCCAUGAAGAUGGACAAGAAGAAGCUUCUGAGAACUUACGCGUACGAGGUGGACGAGCAGGGCGACGCGUGGGACCCGACAGACUACAUGCCGGCAGCGGCAGCAGAGGAAAUUAGAUCCAUCGAGGCGCUGCGCUUCGUGCUGCGGGCGGAGAUGCUGCAGCUGGAGAGGGACCGGCGCGUGCUGGGGCGCGACAUUGCCCCGUCAGGCGACGCCACGUGGCCCAUGCCCGUGAACCUGAAGCGCCUCGUGUGGAACGCGCAGAAGAUGUUCCGCAUCGACACGCACAAGCCGUCGGAUCUUUCCCCGCUGGACGUGAUCGACGCUGUGGAUAAGCUGCAGCAGCGCCUCAUGGUGGUGGUGGGCGACGACCCGCUGUCCCGGGAAGCCCAGGAGAACGCCACUCUGUUUUUCAAGAUCCUGCUGCGCUCCACGCUGGCCAGCAAGCGCGUGCUGCAGGAGUUCCGGCUGUCGCGGGAGGCGUUUGACUGGGUGGUGGGCGAGGUGGAGUACCGCUUUCUGCAGUCGCAGGCCGUGGCGGGCGAGAUGAUCGGGUGCGUGGCGGCGCAGAGCAUCGGCGAGCCCGCCACGCAGAUGACUCUCAACACCUUCCACUUCGCCGGUGUCAGCGCCAAGAACGUGACGCUGGGCGUGCCGCGGCUGAGGGAGAUCAUCAAUGUGGCGAAGAAGAACAAGACGCCCGCCCUCACCGUGUACCUGGGCCCGCACGUGGACCAGACCGACCGGGAUGGCGCCAAGGAGGCCGCCAAGAACGUGCAGGUGGAGCUGGAGUACACGACGCUGCGCAGCGUGACGGAGGCAACAGAGAUCUGGUACGACCCGGACCCGAUGACAACGGUGAUAGAGGAGGACCUGGAGACGGUGCAGUCCUACUUUGAGAUGCCGGACGAGGGGCUGGACCUGGACAAGAUGAGCCCGUGGCUGCUGCGCAUCGAGCUCAACCGCGAGAUGAUGGUGGACAAGAAGCUCACCAUGGAGGCCAUCGGCGACAAGAUCUCCAAGGAGUUCGACAAGGACUUGACUUGCAUCUUCUCCGAUGACAAUGCUCCGAAGCUCAUUCUUCGCAUCCGCAUUCUCAACGAGGAGGCGGCCAAGGGCGGCGCGGGGGGCGGGGCGGAGGGGGAGGAGCUGAGUGCGGACGACGACGUGUUUCUGAAGCAGGUGGAGGGCAACAUCCUCACGGAGAUGUCUCUUCGCGGCAUCGAGGCGAUCAAGAAGGUGUUUAUUCGCGAGCUGAAGCACCAGCAAUUCCACGAGGAGAAGGGGUUUGUGACGCACGCGGAGUGGGUGCUGGACACGGAGGGCGUGAGCAUGCUGGAGGUGAUGGCGCACGAGGAGGUGGACCCCGCGCGCAUCCGCAGCAACUACCUCAUGGAGGUGUUUGAGGUGCUGGGCAUCGAGGCCGUGCGCAACACGCUGCUCAAGGAGCUCCGUGACGUCAUCUCCUUCGACGGCUCGUAUGUCAACUACCGGCACCUGGCCAUUUUGUGCGACGUGAUGAGCUACCGCGGGCAUCUCAUGUCCAUCACGCGCCACGGCAUCAACCGAAACGACACGGGGCCCAUGAUGCGCUGCUCCUUUGAGGAGACAGUAGAUAUCUUGCUCGAUGCCGCCAUUUACUCCGAGGCGGACCGGCUCAAGGGCGUGUCUGAAAAUAUCAUGCUUGGGCAGCUCUGCCCGCUGGGAACGGGCAGCUUCGAUCUUUACAUGAACGAGGCGAUGCUAAAGCAUGCCAUCGAGCUGCAGCUGGAUGCUGCCGCCGGCAUGGGCGGCAUGGGUGGCAUGGGGGCGGCGGCGUUCGGCAUGACUCCGGCGCGCUCCCCCGGGCCUAACGCCACGCCGUAUCAUGAGAUGGCAAUGUCCCCGAGCUACCUCCUCAGUCCCAACUUCCGAGCCUCGCCCGCAGCUUCGGACGCGCAGUUCUCACCGUACGUUGGAGGUUUGGCGUUCUCCCCCGGCCGAUCGCCCAACUACAGCCCCACCUCCCCCAGCUACAGCCCCCAGUCCCCCGGCUACAGCCCCACCUCCCCUGCUUAUUCCCCCACCAGUCCCUCCUAUACCCCUGACUCCCUCACCUACUCGCCCACCUCCCCCAACUACAGCCCCACCUCCCCCAGCUACAGUCCCACCUCCCCCAGCUACAGCCCGACCAGCCCGGCCUACUCGCCCUCCUCCCCGCGCUACAGCCCCUCCUACAGCCCCACGUCGCCCGCCUACUCGCCCACCAGCCCCGGCUACAGCCCAACAUCCCCCUCCUACUCCCCCACCUCUCCAUCCUACUCACCCUCAGCCCCGUCCUACUCGCCUGCGCCCCCCACCUACUCUCCCUCGCCCGCCUAUUCGCCUACCUCCCCUUCCUAUUCCCCCACGUCCCCCUCCUACUCCCCCACCUCGCCCUCCUAUUCCCCCACCUCCCCCUCUUACUCUCCUACAACCGCCACUCCCUCUGCUGCCACUCCCUCUGGAGGUGCCUCCACCGCCCCCAACUACUCGCCAACGAGCCCUGCAUACACGCCAAGCGGCUCUGCCUACAGCCCCACGUCUCCCCAGUUCACCCCCACCAGCGGCACUCCCUCGAGUGCCCCACAGACAUCGCCAGGGGCAGGCAGCACUGCUGCCACUCCCAAGGAGGAGAACUAG